UAUAUAAGAGAGAGAGAGAGAGAGAGAGGGGUAGGUGGGGCAAUGGCAGGGCGAAGAGUGUAUGGAAGCUUGAAGUCGCCGGCGACAUUGAAGGUGUUGGCGAACCUGUUUGAGCACGACCUCGACUUUGAGUUUGUUCCCGUCGAUUUGGAUAAUGGAGAGCACAAAAACAAACACUUCCUCUCUAUGAAUCCGUUUGGACAAGUGCCGGUGUACGAGGACGGAGGCAUCAAGCAAUUCGAAUCAAGGGCAAUAAUAAGAUGCAUGGCUCAUGAAUAUGGCAAGAAAGGUGAAGAGCUAAUAUACUGGGACGCCAAGAAGCAAGCCGUGGUGGCUAACUGGAUCGAUGUGGAGGACCACCACUUCGAGCCACCCGCACUGAAGCUGAUUUCGGAGCUACUCAUCAAGCCCAAGAAGGGUUUCACACCGGAUGAAGGCAUUGUGGCUGAAGCCGAAGCCGAGUUGGCAAAAGUUCUCGACGUGUACGAGGCUCGGCUUGAGAAGUCCAAGUACUUGGCUUCUGAGAAAUACACAAUUGUGGACCUACUUCACAUACCAAACUUGCAAAGCCUUGCGGGGACGCCGGCUAAGAAGCUAAUCGAGUCACGCCCUCGGGUCAGCUCAUGGUGCUCCGAUAUCCUUGCCCGACCUGCUUGGUCUAAGGUGCUUGAUAUGCAGAAGAAGGCUCAAGCUUAGCAUUGGAUCCUUAAAUGCUUGUCCCUAAUGCAAAUCCAAUUUGCUUCGAUCAUCAAAAUGGCUAAAUAAUGCAAUCUCAAAUGUCUAUUAAUUUUCAAUAAUUUGUUCUAUGUUGGAAUAAUUGUUACUAUUCCAUUAAUAAAAAAGCUAGGCUUUUAUUAGUA